AAACAGUUUAGCACCCCUAAAACGUUUUCCUCGAAUAUGCUACUCAUUGGCAGCAGAUAGUACCACUAUCACUCUCCUCCACACUUCAACACACAGCAUUACUUCCUUCUUACACCUUUCUGGGUUUAGCUUGGUCUAGUCUCGUCGGAUCCGCGGGAUUCGGCACUAGUAAUUGGAUCCCGCCCAGCCGUAGUGUGCGGGCGGCCGCGGUGUUGUGAGGAUGUUAACCCGGCGGGGUGCAAUAUCAGACUAGUGAAAGUGAAUACCUUCAUUGUGACUUUAUUAACACGAGAAGGAAUACCACGAAGAAAACUUUAGUUUUUAUAUAUAUUAUCAGUGUAAAUGAUUGACUUCGUUCAGCUUGACAGGAAACAUGACAAGUAUAGGCGUGUACGUAGUACAUACGUAUCUUCUGCCCCAGCAGGUGAUGUGGAUCUUGAGCCAAGCCCGUGGUGUGAACCAUUGAGUGUAUGUAGUACUAGUGGAAGCUUGGCGUAGAACAUAAUGAGGGUGGUCACUCGAAAGGGAAGCUGGAAACAAACAACACUGCUGUCAGUGAUGCAGGGUGAGAGAGAUGCAUGAGGAAUGCAGUGAUCAACCAUAAUCUCGAAGCAGACUUUAAGAGGAAGGAAGGCCCUCCGCCGCCAACAUGCAGACCGCCUAUGCGCGUAUGGUGUAUGACCGCCACCAGCGAAACCAGCGGGCGGACGGCGGGCGUGCGCGGCGCAGGGCCACCCUCGCCCACCUGCUGAAGGACGCGUGCCGCCGCCUCAUAGCCUUCUUGUUCACACAGGUGGGGGUGUGCGGGCUGGUGGUGGCCUAUAAUAUCAUGGGAGCCUUCGCUUUCCGUGCCAUCGAGGGAGAAUAUGGAGAUGCAGCUCCCGAGGAGGCUGCCCUGCAAUUGCGGGAGGAUGCUGUCAAGAGACUGUGGAACAUCACGGCGAGACUCAACAUCCUGGAACAGACCAAGUGGCGUCAGGAGGUGACGAGAGCGCUGGAGGAUUUCCAGGGUGACGUAGUGCCUCUAGUGAAGGCGAAGGGUUACCGGGGCGUGUUGCCGAGUCAGGCAUGGUCCUUUAGCGCCGCUCUCAUGUACUCCCUCAGUGUCUACACCACCAUAGGCUACGGGAACCUGACGCCGAGAACCGAGUGGGGGAAAAUAGCCACCAUCCUAUACGCCAUCGUGGGCAUGCCACUCAUGCUACUCUACAUGUCCAAUGUCGGGGAGGUCCUCGCGCACAUCUUCAAGUUUAUUUACUUCAGAGUCUGUAGCUGCGACGCGGGGUCUAUGGGCUACUACCGCAGCGGCAGCGGGAACCUGCGACCAAUACCCGUCACUGCCCGCCGCGCUGAAGAGCCCAAGGAGGGCGGCAAGAAAGGACAGGGAUCGCGGCGUACCGUACCCAUUACCUACUGCCUGAUGGUGAUCGCUAUCUACGUGGCUUGCGGCGGCGCUGUCUUCUCGCAGUGGGAGCGCUGGUCCCUACUAGACGCCUGCUACUUUUCAUACAUCUCCCUCAGCACCAUUGGCUUCGGUGACCUGGUGCCUGGACGGACCGUGGCUGGCAAAAAUGAGGACGAGGAGGUGGAGUCCCAGCAAAUCAUCGUCACUGUAUAUCUACUGGUGGGCAGUGCCCUGGUCGCCAUGUGCUUCAACCUUAUGCAGGAGGAAACUAUAGAGAACCUUAAGAUAUUUUGGAGAAGGUUAGGAUGUCUCAGGAAAAACAGCCAUAGUGAGAACGAAGAAGGUCCGUCUGUGACUGGGUGACAGCGGCAGCCCCACAGAGAACGCUGCCGUCUCUGGUUCACGCUCUCUGUGGCAGAGAAAGCAGGGAUGUCCGAUGACACAAUAAACGAUAUGAAAUAUACUUAUUCUGAUAUAAAAA